UAUCUGCCAUCAUAAACACGAGCAUGUAAAAUGCCUCGUCCACUUAAACGUGAAUCUUUUCCCGUUUAGACAAAAAAAAUCCUACGAGCGGAUGCCACUGUUAUCAGAAUGAAGCCUUUACUUCUUCUCGGCUUUAUUUUUAAUGUAGUUCAAGGCAAUAGCGAUCACCCAUCAGGCCAUCUCAAGCCUCUAGGGUCCCAUCAAGAACCCGAACAGCCCAUUACCGAGCUACAUGGAGCCCCUUCGCCUAAAGAUUUCUUUGAGAACUUUGUAAAACCUGGAAAACCUGUACUUUUUAAAGGAGCCGCUAAGAAAAUGCCCUCGUUCUCUCUUUGGACAGAUGAGUAUUUAAGCAAAAAGUUUGGAGGACUCAAAAUGGAUGUCGAGGAAGGAAAGAAAGAAAAUAGAUCUUGGGGGACAUUUAAUUUUAAACUUCAAGACUUUAUCAAACGUUACAAGACAGAAGAUGUUUAUAUGGUUGAGAGUCUACCAAAACAAAUGCAAGAAGAGUAUAUGUUACUAAAGAGUCUACACUGUGGAGGCUUUACAGACGUGCUUCAGGAUGCUGUCAUGUGGUUUAGUAGUGGUGGCACAAAGUCUGUCUUCCAUUUUGAUGCAGUAGAAAAUAUCAAUUGUCUUUUUAGUGGCAGCAAGCAAUUUGUAAUGGUCGACAAGAUAUUCAAACCACAAGCGCACAUUGACAAAGUAGAUGGCUCCUACUCCACUGUCGAUGUGGAAAAAGUAGACAUGUAUAAAUAUCCUGGCCUUAGGAAUAUACCAUGGUAUAAUGUAUCAAUGAUGGAGGGUGAUUGUCUUUAUAUACCUUACAUGUGGCUUCAUCAUGUACGUUCCUAUGGAACUCGUAAUCUAGCCAUCAACAUUUGGUGGGCUCAUUUCACAUUUUUUAAUGAAAGUGACUGUAAAACUAGCAAAUAUAAAGAUACAGAGUACUUGCCACUCAGUAGCUUUGCCUUUAAACCAAUGGAAACCACAAGACAGCGAAUCCUUGAAGAAUUGGGAAGAAAAUCGGUAACACAAGACRAGUGGAUCGAAAUGUCUAGGAAACUUGCCACUGCUUUACUUUUAGAACAAAACACAAAAGAAGCCAUAAUAAAGAAUUUUCAAGAAUUAGACAAAAAUAAAGACGGCUUUGUCAGCGCUGAGGAAAUUCUAGAUUUAGAGAGCUCCGACAUUGAGCGAUUAUUGACUCCUGGACAGCUUCCAGAAGAAGAAAACGAAGAAGAAGAAGAAGAGGAUUAUCCUCCCGCAAAAGAAGAGGAAGUAAAAAGCGAAGAAAGCACAAUUGAAAAAUUAGUCGAAGCCAAAAAUGAAAGAGUCGGAAUAAAGGAAGAUCUUUAAGAUUACUUCGCCUGAGAUAACGACACGCUGUUGGCUUGAAUGAUUGAAUACGAACCGAUUGGACCGUCUACUAGUCUCCCCCACAGCCGCUUUCAGUGUCGUCGCGCAACGCUUUCUCCCCUGAGUAGCUACUCAAGGGAGAAAGCGUUGCGUGACGACAAUGAAAGCCGCUGUGGGGGAGACUAACCGUCUACGACACUGAGGAAAACUGCACAGUAGGCUCGCAAAAUAUAUUGAUCAAUAUACACAACUUUCAUUGUAGUAAAUUCCGUAUUUAUUUAUCAUAAGCUUGUACAUGUAAUAAAAAUCUUUUACCGGAUAGUUAUAUAAGCCAGAUUUAACUUUUUUUUUCGCUAGCGAGAAAAGCUAGCUAUGGCAAGCAAACUUUGUCAGACAGAGUUGUAAAUUUUUAACAUAUUAUUUGACGUCUAUCUCAUUAAAUCUAAGCUUUUCGAAGCGGUCUGAACUAAA